CAGCCCCCAAUGAUCCAGCAGAUGGGGGGAGCUGUAGGAGGAGCUGCUGACAAUAGUCAGACAUCCGCAAUGUUCAGCCAGCUCCCAACGAUCCAGCAGAUGGGAGGAGCUGUAGGAGGAUCUGGAGACAAUAAUCAAACAUCCACAAUGCCUAGCCAGCCCCCCAUGAUCCAGCCUUCCGGAGGAGCUGUAGGAGGAUGGGGAGACAAUAGUCAGACAGCAACAAUCCUGAGCCAGCCCCCCAUGAUCCAGCAGAUGGGAGGAGCUGUAGGAGGAUCUGGAGACAAUAGUCAGACAUCUGCAAUCCUCAGCCAGUCCCCCAUGAUCCAGGACAUGGGAGGAGCUGUAGGAGGAUCUGCUGACAAUAGUCAGACAAGCACAAUCCUGAGCCAGCCCCCAGUGAUCCAGCCUUCGGGAGGAGCUGUAGGAGGAGCUGCUGACAAUAGUCACACAUCCGCAUUCCUCAGCCAGCCCCCAACGAUCCAGCAGAUGGGAGGAGCUGUAGGAGGAUGGGGAGACAAUAGUCAGACAGCCACAAUCCUCAGCCAGACCCCAGUGAUCCAGCCUUCUGGAGGAGCUGUAGGAGGAUCUGGAGACAACAGUCAGACAUCCGCAAUGUUCAGCCAGCCCCCAGUGAUCCAGCAGAUGGGGGGAGCUGUAGGAGGAUCAGCUAACAGUAAUCAGACAGCCGCAAUCCUGAACCAGCCCCCCAUGAUCCAGCAGAUGGGAGGAGCUCUAGGAGGAUGGGGUACCACAAACCAGACAGCCACAAUCCUCAGCCAGCCCCCAAUGAUCCAGCAGAUGGGGGGAGCUGUAGGAGGAUCUUCUGACAAUAGUCAGACAUCCGCAAUGUUCAGCCAGCCCCCAACGAUCCAGCAGAUGGGGGGAGCUGUAGGAGGAUCUGCUAACAAUAAUCAGACAUCCGCUAUGUUCAGCCAGCCCCCAACGAUCCAGCAGAUGGGGGGAGCUGUAGGAGGAUCUGCUAACAGUAAUCAGACAAGCACAAUCCUGAACCAGCCCCCCAUGAUCCAGCCUUCGGGAGGAGCUGUAGGAGGAUGGGGAGACAAUAGUCAGUCAUCCUCAAUCCUGAUCCAGCUCCCAAUGAUCCAGCACAUGGGAGGAGCUGUAGGAGGAUGGGGAGACAAUAGUCAGACAGCCACAAUCCUGAACCAGCCCCCAAUGAUCCAGCACAUGGGAGGAGCAGUAGGAGGAUCUAGAGACAAUAUUCAGACAACCACAAUCCUGAACCAGCCCCCCAUGAUCCAGCAGAUGGGAGGAGCUGUAGGAGGAUGGGGUAUCACAAGCCAGACAAGCACAAUCCUGAACCAGCCCCCAGUGAUCCAGCCUUCCGGAGGAGCUGUAGGAGGAUGGGGAGACAAUAGUCAGACUGCAAUAAUCCUGAUCCAGCCCCCCAUGAUCCAGCAGAUGGGAGGAGCUGUAGGAGGAUCUGGAGACAAUAGUCAGACAUCCACAAUGCUGAUCCAGCCCCCCAUGAUCCAGCAGAUGGGAGGAGCUGUAGGAGGAUCUGGAGAUAAUAGUCAGACAGCCACAAUGCUCAGCCAGCCCCCCAUGAUCCAGCAGAUGGGAGGAGCUGUAGGAGGAUCUGGAGGCAAUAGUCACACAUCUGCAAUCCUGAGCCAGCCCCCCAUGAUCCAGCCUUCUGGAGGAGCUUUAGGAGGAUGGGGAGGCAAUAGUCAGACAAGCACAAUGUUGAGCCAGCCCCCCAUAAUCCAGCACAUUGGAGGAUCUGUAGGAGGAUGGGGUACAGCUGCCCAGAUAAAUACAAAUCUUAGCCAGCCACCUGUGCUCCAGCCUUUGGGAGGAGCUGUAGGAGGAUGGGGUGCUGCUACCUCGAGAAACACAUUCAUUAUCCGGUCAUCCGUGUUAAAGCGCAAGAGAGGAGCCAUGUUCAAUUACAAGCGACGAGCUGUAGGAGGAUGGGGAGACACUACUCAGACAAAUACAAAUCUCAUCCAUCCACCUGUGCUACAACACACGGGAGGAGCUGUAGGAGGAUGGGGAAACACUACUCAGACAAAUACAAACCUCACCCAUCCACCUGUGCUCCAACCUUCGGGAGGAGGUGUAGCAGGAUGGGGAAACACUACUCAAAGAAAUACAAACCUUAGCCAGCUGCCCAUGAUUCAGCAGAUGGGAGGAGCUGUAGGAGGAUGGGGUGCUGCUACCUCGAGAAACACACUCAUUAUCCGGUCAUCUGUGUUAAAGCGCAAGAGAGGAGCCAUGUUCAAUUACAAGAGACAAGCUGUAGGAGGAUGGGGAGACACUACUCAGACAAAUACAAACCCUAUCCAUCCACCUGUACUCCAAAACACGAGAGGAGCUGUAGGAGGAUUUUUAGACAAUAGUCAGACAGCAACAAUCCUGAGCCAGCCCCCCAUGAUCCAGCAGAUGGGAGGAGCUGUAGGAGGAUCUGCUGACAAUAAUCAGACAGCCACAAUCCUGAGCCAGCCCCCAAUGAUCCAACAGAUGGGAGGAGCUGUAGGAGGAUCUGGAGACAAUAGUCAGACAGCCACAACCCUGAGCCAGCCCCCCAUAAUCCAGCAGAUGGGAGGAGCUGUAGGAGGAUGGGGAGACAAUAGUCAGACAAGCACAAUUCUGAGCCAGCCCCCAGUGAUCCAGCCUUCCGGAGGAGCUGUAGCAGGAUGGGGAGACGCUACUCAGACAAAUACAAACCUUAGCCAGCCACCCAUGAUCCAGCACACGGGAGGAGCUGUAGGAGGAUGGGGUGCUGGUACCCGAAGGAAUAGAAACCUUAUCCGGCCAGCUGUGUUCCAGUACAAGGGAGGAGCAGGAGCAGGAUGGGGAGGCACUACUCAGACAAGUACAAACCUUAGCCAGCCAACUAUGAUCCAACACACGGGAGGAGCUGUAGGAGGAUCAGGAGCCACUACAGAGACAAAUAGAAACCACAGCCAGGCACCCAUGAUCCAACACGAGGGAGGAGCUGUAGGAGGAUGGGGUGCUGCUACCCCGAGAAACAGACACAAUAUCCGUCCAGCCGUGUUAAAGUACAAGAGAAGAGCCAUGUUCAAGUACAGGAGAGGAGCUAUUGGAGAAUGGGGAGACAGUGCUCAAUUAAAUACAAACCUUAGCCAGCCACCCGUGAUCCAGCACACGGGAGGGGCUGUAAAAGGAUUGGGUGAUGCUACCCAGAUAGACACAAAUCCUGGCCAGCCACCCGUCGAUCCAGCACACGGAAGGAGCUGUAAAAGGAUUGGGUGAUGCUACCCAGAUAGACACCAACCUUAGCCAGCCACCCGUGAUCCAGCACACGGGAGGCGAUGGAGGAGGACGUGUUCCUCGUGCCCGGAGAGCCCUAAACCUUCUCCGGCCAGCCGUGUCCCUGCGCAAGGGAGGAGCUGCAGGAGGACGGGGCGCUCCCGCAGCCGCUGCCCAGCCUCCUGUGUGCACCAAGAGCACAUCGGGUGGCAGCCGUGAUGGAGGAGGACUCGCUGGUGCCUCCGGUUUUGGACCAGCAGGCAAGAAAAGCGCGGUCUCGUCGCUGAAAGCGCCCUCUGCGUUAAGCAGUGCAGCCCCUGGUGAUGGCCGCAGAGGUGGACAGCAGCGACUUUGUGACUGUAUAGCAGAAGACAUGGCAACCUGGGAAUCUUCUGGACAGUGGAUGUUCUCGUGUUACUCUCCUGUGACGGGCAAGCCUAAUGUUUCAGGUCGGUACCAUUUUUAGCCUUGCUGAGCGCUGAGUGCUGCUACUGUUUAGACUGCAUUUCUAUACUUGUCCACACUGCUGUGU